CAUCAAUUUGUCAGUCGCAGCUGAGUUUUUGUUAAGAGAGGACGCGUGCACAUUUUUAGCACGAUGUUGUCCUAAGAAAAAUUAGUUUUAUCCAUUUGCCAUCACCUGCACUAGGUUUCUGUCGUAGUAAUUUUGUUUAAGUACUUUCCCCAUCCUCUGUGAUCCACCCAUUUGAUCUCUUAUUUACGUCUACGUCCAUCAAUAGUCACGGAGGGUGUGUAAAAUGUUCCUAACACAGUCAAUAGGGGUCCUUCUCGUGGGGCUCUUGAGUCUCAUCGGGGUGUCCGGGACAGUGGAGAAGACAGGAAAAUUAGUGUUUGCUCAUGUGAUGUUUCGACACGGCGAUAGAACUCCCAUUGAUCCCUACCCCAAUGAUCCCUACGGAACAGCUAGUGCAUGGGAUGGAGUCGAUUGGGGCCAAUUGACCAACGUUGGAAAGAGACAACAUUACGAACUGGGCAAAUGGUUGAGAAAUCGCUACGGGGAAUUAGUCAAUGAAAUUUACGAUCACAAUCAGAUCUAUAUAAGAUCAACUGAUGUCGAGAGAACCUUACAGAGUGCUCUUGCCAAUUUAGCAGGUUUCUAUCCCCCAAAAGGCAGAGAUGUUUGGUUAGAUGGUAUGAAUUGGCAACCAAUUCCCAUUCACACAACUCAAGAGAAGUUGGAUCCUCUGUUGGCCUCGAAAAAAGCCUGCCCAGCCUAUGAAUAUGCCCUGAAAAAGCGCCGACGAUCGGAAGAAUACAGGGAGUUGAAUAAAAAGCUCAAAGAACUGUAUGAGUAUGUGAGUGAAAAUAGUGGCCGGACAUAUAACAGUAUCGAGGGGAUAGGACAGAUCUACAGUUGUUUGCUCAUUGAACAUAUGCACAACAAGACUCUUCCAACCUGGACAGAGUCCAUCUUUCCGGACGAAUUGGAUUGGGUCUCAGCAAAAGCUUUUCAAACCUACUGCAGCACACCACAAUUAGCUCGACUCAAGUCUGGACCCAUUCUUAAAGAAAUGUUGGAGAGAUUCAGGAACAAAACUUUAGGUACUCUGAAGCCUGAUCGAUCUGUGUGGUUUUAUAGUGCACAUGACACGACCGUUGCCAAUCUACUCAACAUUCUUGGACUUUUUGAUCCACCCCACAAUCCUCCAUUUGCCGCUUGCGUAAUGCUAGAAAUGAGAUUGAUUGACGACAAGCCAUACAUAUCCGUCUUUUACAAAAAUACCACCGCUGAGCCCCAACCCAUGAACAUUCCCCGAUGCGGUCGUUCCUGUCCUCUUGACAAGAUGUUCGACCUCUACAGAGAUGUCCUACCCGUUGACUGGGAGGCCGAGUGCAAGCUUCCUCUGAUGACAAUGAGCUACGAGGAGGUGGACAACUCUUCGCCAGCCUCUCCAAUGAACAAUGUCUUUGAUAUGUGCCAUCGCAAUGACUUGCGGGAUUUCUUUGAGUGUAACGGUUCCACAGAGAGUAUUUGUCAACAUCCUGGGAUGACUUUCUUUGGGCAAUUUCUCCUAAAUUAAAUGCUUUAAAAGCGAAAAAAAAAAACAAAUUCACCGACCACCUAAUAAUUUUACGUAGUGGCUGUGCGUGCUGAAACCCAUUUUAGAUGUAAUACUUAAUAUAUUUUUAGUAAAUUAAACCGUUUUCAAUUAAAAUUUUUUGUUGAAUUUAAAGGAAAAGAAAAUGUUUGAAAUUUUUAUCAUCAUUCAGCACAAAGAUCUUUUGCGCUUCUUGAACACUUCUUUUGUGUGACUCACAUUUUUCCCAACAUUUUUGCUAAUAAUUUCAUCACGAAAAAAGCAAUCCAAAACAUCAUCUUUUGUGUAAUUAAAGUCGUUGCUGUGACCGUGAUUGUGACAUCCUGCCUAGCCCUUCUUCUCGUUCUGAUGCUCGUUUAUGCAGCAGUCACCUACAAUCGUAGACGUCACUAUCAAGAACUCUACAGUUUCCUGGGUGCAACAUCUCGGACGCAGAUGAUGUAGAAGGAGGAUUAAGAGGCUAAUGCACUUGCAUUCUCUUCUGGACCCUAUCGACGCUUUAACAUUCGAUUAAGUCACUUUAUCACAUGCUUUUUAACCCCCUUUUUUAUUCAUCACUGAAACCUCAAUCACUUUCCUGGCUUUUGACUUUUCCCUAAUUUCCUAAGAUUGUUUUUUUUUUCUUCUUUAAAUUUUUAUUAGAAAGACUGUUUUUAAUACGACGAAAACUUUUUAUUUAAAAAGUACUUUUAAUAGAUGUUGAAUUUGUUAAAGAUCUUUUUAAUCUAAAUGUGUGGACUUGUGUGCGUGUUAAAAAAUAUUUUAAAAGACAAGAAAAUUUAGUCAUACGUACAAAUCCUGAGAUUAUUGUCACAAAAUAAAAACGAACAAACGAAAUAUCUUCCAUAUCUACAAAAAAAAGAUCAAACUAAGGACAAUGAUUCGUGGGAGUUUAGAGAGCUAAAAUAAAUUUUUUUUUUGCAAAAAGGAAAAUUGUUGAAAAUUUGUAAACUAGAGACAGAAUGUCUCAAAUAUUUUUAUUCCUAAUCGUAUUUUUUCGGAGUUUGAUAAAUAAAUAUUUGGAAAGAUUGUGAA